AUGGCGGCCGCAGCAGAAGCAGCCACUGUCAUCAUGAAUGAAGAGGAGCUGAAGAGGAAGCAGAGGGAGAAGCUGAAGAAGCUUCAGGCCACGGGAGGAAACCCUCGGCCCGCGCGCUCCCUCUUCCUCUUCACCCUGAAAAACCCUUUCCGUAAGGCCUGCAUCAAUAUCGUGGAGUGGAAAACCUUUGAGAUCAUCAUCUUACUGACUAUCUUUGCAAAUUGUGUGGCUUUGGCUGUGUUCCUGCCCAUGCCCGAAGAAGACAGCAAUAACACCAACUCAAGCUUGGAAAGUUUGGAGUAUAUCUUCCUGAUCAUCUUUACUUUAGAGUGCUUUCUGAAGAUAGUCGCGUAUGGGCUGGUGUUCCAUGAAGGAGCCUAUUUACGGAACUGUUGGAACAUAUUGGACUUUGUCAUCGUCUUCAUGGGUCUCUUCACCUUUGCCUUGGACACCAUCAAUAAGAUAGCAGGGGUGCCAACAGAGAAGGGUGGGGGGUUUGACAUGAAGGCCCUGAGAGCCUUCAGAGUGUUAAGACCCCUGCGUCUGGUCUCUGGAGUCCCUAGCCUGCAGGUGGUGAUGAACUCCAUCCUUAAAGCCAUGCUGCCUCUGCUGCACAUUGCACUGCUGGUCUUUCUUCUGGUCACCAUCUACGCCAUCAUGGGACUGGAGCUCUUCAAGUGCAAAAUGCAUAAGACCUGCUAUUACACUGGCACAGACAUCUAUGCUGCAGCAGAAGGUGAGCUGCCUGCGCCCUGUGCUCAGGCUGGAAACGGACGCCGUUGCAUCAUCAAUGGCUCCGAGUGUCGGCCGGGCUGGGAGGGUCCCAACAACGGCAUCACACACUUCGAUAACAUUGGCUUUGCCAUGCUGACUGUCUACCAGUGUAUCACCAUGGAGGGAUGGACCAAAGUGCUGUAUUGGGUUAAUGAUGCCAUAGGGAAUGAAUGGCCCUGGCUCUACUUUGUUCCCCUCAUUCUGAUUGGCUCCUUCUUUGUGCUUAAUCUGGUUUUGGGUGUUCUCAGUGGAGAGUUUACGAAAGAGCGAGAGAAAGCUAGGUCCCGUGGAGAGUUCCAGAAGUUACGAGAGCGUCAGCAGCUGGAUGAGGACCUCCACGGCUACAUGGAGUGGAUCACCCACGCCGAAGUCCUGGAUGCUGAUCGAGAGGGCAAAGGACUCCUGCCUUUGACCAGUGGAGACUCUGACACUGACAGCCUUUAUGACAUGGAGGGCAAGAGUAAAAUUGUAUACUACUAUCGCCUAGCUCGUCGCUGGAACCGUUUCUUUAGGAUGAAGUGCCUGAUAUAUGUGAAAACCAAUACCUUUUACUGGGUUGUGAUGUUCCUUGUCUUCCUCAACACUCUGACCAUCGCAACAGAGCACCACCACCAGUCGGACCAGCUCACCUCACUUCAAGAUGUGGCCAGUCGUGUACUGCUGGUGCUUUUUGUCAUCGAGAUGUUUGUUAAGAUGUACGCUCUGGGCCCAAGAGCAUAUUUCAUGUCUCUGUUUAACCGUUUUGACUUCUUCGUGGUGAUCUGUGGUAUCCUGGAGAUGAUCAUGUUGUCUGCCGGAGCUGUGACCCCCCUGGGUUUCUCCGUACUGAGGUGUAUCCGUCUUCUUCGGAUCCUCAAAGUCACAAAGUACUGGAAAUCACUGAGUAAUCUCGUGGCCUCUCUUCUCAACUCGGUCCGCUCCAUCGCCUCCCUGCUCCUCCUCCUCUUCCUCUUCAUUGUUAUCUUCUCACUCUUGGGCAUGCAAGUGUUUGGUGGGAAAUUCAACUUUCCUGACCACAGACCAAGACGCAGCAACUUUGACAACUUCCCUCAGGCUCUCAUCAGUGUGUUUCAGAUCCUAACAGGAGAGGACUGGACCUCCAUCAUGUACAAUGGCAUUAUGGCCUAUGGAGGUCCUGUUGUUCCUGGAAUCCUGGUUGCCAUUUACUUCAUUAUCCUUUUCGUCUGUGGAAACUAUAUCCUCCUAAAUGUGUUUUUGGCCAUUGCUGUCGACAACUUGGCUGAGGCUGAGAGUUUGACUUCAGCUCAGAAAGAAAAGGCAGAGGAGAAGAUGAGAAGGAAGUUACUAAGAUCCAAAAUGCCUGAUAAGACUGAUGAGGAGAGGGAGAGGAUAGCGAAGAAACUGGCAGAGCAGAGAGCCAAGAUUGAGGGAAUGCCCACGACAGCCAAGCUGAAAAUUGAUGAGUUUGAGUCAAAUGUCAAUGAAGUAAAGGAUCCGUUCCCACCUGCUGACUUCCCAGGUGAUGAUGAGGAGGAAGAGCCUGAAAUUCCCAUCAGCCCUCGGCCUCGGCCAAUGGCUGACCUGCAGCUGAAGGAAGAAGCCGUUCCUUUACCUGAAGCUAGUUCCUUUUUCAUCUUUGGUCCUCAAAACAAGUUCCGUAAGCUGUGCUACAAGAUCAUCAACGCCUCGUCCUUCACAAACCUAAUCCUCUUGUUCAUCCUUCUCUCCUCUAUCUCCUUGGCUGCUGAGGACCCCAUCGAUCCAAAGUCUUACAGAAAUCAGAUCUUGGCUUAUGCUGACAUUGUCUUUACCACUGUGUUCACCAUUGAGAUUGUACUGAAGAUGACCGUCUAUGGAGCAUUCAUGCACGAGGGCUCCUUCUGCCGUAACUCCUUCAAUAUCCUGGAUCUGAUCGUGGUUACAGUCUCCCUGCUUUCCAUGGGAAUGGAAUCCAGUGCCAUCUCUGUGGUGAAGAUUCUCAGGGUGUUGAGGGUCCUCAGGCCUCUUAGAGCUAUCAACAGAGCCAAAGGGUUGAAGCAUGUGGUCCAAUGUGUGUUUGUGGCCAUCAAAACCAUCGGCAACAUCGUCCUGGUCACCAUGCUGCUGAAUUUCAUGUUUGCCUGUAUCGGAGUCCAGCUCUUUAAGGGUAAAUUCUACAGCUGCACAGACGUGUCCAAACUGACUGAGGAGGAAUGCCAGGGAUUUUUCUUGAAGCACAUGGAUAACUCCCUUCAAGACACCGUUUUGGCUCCGAGAGAGUGGCUCAAUAGUGACUUCAACUUUGACAAUGUGCUCUACGGCAUGCUGGCUCUCUUCACUGUUUCCACAUUUGAGGGUUGGCCAAAACUGUUGUACAGAGCCAUAGACUCAGACCAGGAGGACAUGGGCCCAGUGUUCAACAACAGAGUGGACGUAUCCAUCUUCUUCAUCAUCUACAUCAUCCUCAUCGCCUUCUUCAUGAUGAACAUCUUCGUGGGCUUCGUCAUUGUUACUUUCCAAGAGCAAGGCGAGCAGGAGUAUAAAAACUGCGAGCUCGAUAAGAACCAGCGACAGUGCGUUCAGUACGCUCUGAAGGCUCGACCUCUGAGGUGCUAUAUCCCCAAAAACCCGUACCAGUACAGGGUCUGGUACAUAGUCACCUCCUGCUACUUUGAGUACCUCAUGUUCUUCCUCAUUAUGCUCAACACCUUGUGUCUGGGGAUGCAGCACUGUAAUCAGUCAGACCAUGUGACCAAACUGUCAGAUACUCUCAACUUGAUCUUCACCGUCUUGUUCACAGUGGAAAUGAUUCUUAAGCUCAUGGCCUUCAAAGCGAGGGGCUACUUCGGAGACCCCUGGAACGUGUUUGAUUUUAUCAUCGUCAUCGGUAGCGUUGUUGACGUCAUCCUCAGUGAAGUCGACACCGCCCUGGCUGCCAGUGGAGGACUGUACUGUCUCCAUGGCUGCGCUGAGACAAAUCCAAUGCAAGCCAUUGCGGCGUCUGAAAACGCCUCCGUUUCCAUCACAUUCUUCCGACUCUUCCGUGUCAUGCGUCUAGUCAAACUGCUGAACCGGUCCGAGGGCAUCCGUAACCUGCUGUGGACCUUCAUUAAGUCUUUCCAGGCUCUCCCUCAUGUAGCUCUGCUCAUUAUAAUGCUCUUCUUUAUCUACGCUGUCAUCGGUAUGCAGAUUUUCGGAAAGAUUGCCUUAGUGGACGGCACACAAAUCAACCGCAACAACAACUUCCAGACAUUCCCUCAGGCUGUUCUGAUGUUAUUCCGCUGUGCAACUGGAGAGGCUUGGCAGGAGGUCAUGAUGGCUUCGAUGUAUGGGAAGAAGUGUGACCCCAAGUCUGACUACCUGCCCGGAGAAGAGUACACCUGCGGGUCCAACUUCGCUGUCUUCUACUUCCUCAGCUUCUAUUGUCUCUGUGCCUUCCUGAUCCUUAAUUUGUUUGUUGCUGUUAUCAUGGACAACUUCGACUACCUGACCCGUGAUUGGUCUCUCCUCGGUCCACACCACCUGGAUGAGUUUAAGAAGAUCUGGGCUGAAUAUGACCCUGAAGCCACGGGGAGGAUUAAACAUCUGGAUGUGGUGACUUUGCUGCGACGCAUUCAGCCUCCACUUGGCUUUGGAAAGUUCUGUCCUCAUCGGGCUGCCUGCAAGCGUUUGGUUGGCAUGAACAUGCCACUCAACAGCGAUGGCACCGUCACCUUUAAUGCCACACUGUUUGCUCUGGUCAGGACUGCACUGAAGAUCAAAACAGAAGGUAACUUUGAGCAGGCCAAUGAGGAGCUGAGGGCCAUUAUAAAGCAAAUCUGGAAGCGCACUAGUAUGAAACUCUUAGACCAGGUCAUCCCGCCUAUAGGAGAUGAUGAGGUGACUGUGGGCAAAUUCUACGCCACCUUCCUGCUCCAGGACCAUUUCAGAAAGUUCAUGAAGCGUCAGGAGGAGUACUACGGCUACAGGCCCACGAAGAAGAGCGCCUCUGGCCCAGAGAUCCAGGCAGGUCUGAGGAGUAUUGAGGAGGAGGCGGCUGCAGAGAUGCACAGGGCCAUUUCAGGAGACCUGCAGAACGAGGAAGAGAUGGACAGAGCUAUGGAGGAGGCUGGGGAAGAGGCCAUUUUCCAGCGUUCUCACGGCCUGUUCGGAAACCGUGGCGGCUCAUUCCCAUCUGAACCCACCGACGCUCAGUCCCCUCAGGUGACCAGCCAGAGGCCCCUCCAGUUCUCUGAGAGCCAGCCCGAGUCGCCGCCGAACUCUGCCGCCAUGAUGCCCGCCGGAGAGUUUUUCCCCACAUCUAACACCAACAACAACGCCUUCGCAGACUUUUCAUUUGAAAGGGAAGGAAGUCCAGAAGAGUUUUACAACCACUGUGACGACGAGGAGCCAGACAACAGACGCUACUGGAACUUCACAGUCAGAACAGACAGAACACAGUUUCCUUAUGAUCCGAUCUUCAGUGACAGUCAGAGUCUGGGCUCCCAGUCUGCAGCUGAUCAGCUUGUCCAGGAGGCUUUGUUCAAGGGCGGCCUGACCUCUCAGGCCAAAGACCCAGGCUUUGUCUCCAUUGCCAAAAAGGAGAUGGCUGACGCUAUGCACAUGCCUGUGGCUGAGAUGGAAGGUGUGGCCCAGGGCAUCCUCAGCGUACGCUCCAGCUCCGCCGCCUCGGCCAAAAAGAGACGUCCCAUCCCUGUGCCUCCAUCUGCUCCCGCUGCUCCAGCGCAGGAAACAGGGCGGCCAGAUCCAGCUGUGAGGAGAAAAAGACGCCCCGUACCCAUGAUCCCCUCUACGCCCGUGCAGUACGAGGAGGAGCAGGCCGAGGCCGACACCAAAGUCUAAAGAUAGUCACUUGAUUUUACUUGGAUAUCCUGUGAUUUUACACUUGCUGGUGGCUCUGCCUCACCCUCUCACUUUACCAGGUUAGAGCCUCAACAGCAGGUUGGCUCAGGUUUCACAUACUGUCAGAUGUGGUUGACGCCUAAAGCAAGAAGGAAGAAUAUAUCUGAUGAUAAAGUAUAUCUAUAAUCCUCAGAUUUAUUGACAUAAAUAAAAACACAAACUAAUCUCAGAACAGGUUGACGUUCUUCUUUCUUUGUAGCGUUUGAGGUAAUCCAUUCCAUAGAUGAUGGGACAACCACGAGAGUGAGCCGAGUGUCUUACUGAGGCCUCACCGAGAGGCAGGAGUUCCUAAACUGACUCAGUGAAUACGAGAGGCAGGCAGGUGUUUACACUGUGCUGCAGUUCACUGACAAACAGAACCAACUGACCUUCUGUGCAUCCAGACCAAACCGUGAAUCUGAAUUCACACUCUUAAACGUGCUCUGGUGCAGAUUUGAACAUUGUAAACUGAGUUGUUUUUCUUGACGCCAGUGUCCCAUUAUGUUAGGACCUGCUGUUCUUUUGUCUUUUUUACCAAGUUUCCAACUGCGCACUAGUUCUUAUACAUAGGUGAUGACGCAACUUUAUGGAGGAAACUUUUUUAAAUUAGAAGAUGGAUAAAUUACAUCUUGAAAGGAAUGUCGGUGAUUUUUGUGUCUUUAAGUAUUCGCUCAAUUUUAAGCCACACUGGAGUAAAGAAGUGCAUUUGAUUUUCUAUCAAGUCACGACUGCUGCAGGUUUUAAUGAGGCUACAUGUACAUAAAUAUGUAAAGUUUUUGUGUUGAGGACAGUUGCUUUGGCCCAUUCAGAGGAUGUGUGUUCAGCAUACCUGGAGUAUGGUGGAUUUAACUUAAAAACUCACCUGGGCUUUAAUGACUCAUUUGAUUCGUAACUGCAUGGGCAUACCAUUUUGCAAUACUGCACUUUUUUCAUUUUGGUUGUGCCUUAAUGCAAACAUGAACAGGGUCUCCAGGGUACUGUUUUUUUUUUUUUUUUUUUAUAUUUCUUCCUCUCAACUUUCGUUUUUUGUUUUUUUUUUUUCUGUGGUAACGUUGUGGAGACAGUUUGGGUGAACUUUUCAUCUUGCGUCUCCUUCACAUCUGGAUCUGUGCCAUUAUGGUUGAUGUUACAUUGUUUUCACCACUGGCAAAAGAAAUAAACCAUCCAAAU